CCAGACUGAGACGGAACGAUAAACCCUCUGCCGACUGCCGCAUCCAUCGUCGGUUCUUCCGUCAAGCUUCUGGGGUUUUUCUGUUACAGGCAGCCUUCGCGUUCCCGAGAGAGAGGGAGAGAUGGGAAGGAGGAUACUGAACGAUGCGCUGAGGGCCAUCGUGAAUGCGGAAAAGAGAGGGAAGGCAUCGGUGGAGCUCAAGCCGAUUUCCACCGUCAUGUCGUCUUUCCUCAAGAUCAUGAAAGAUCGAGGAUACAUUAAAAAUUAUCAAUUAUUUGAUCCACAUCGAGUGGGAAGGAUAUCGGUUGAAUUACAAGGGAGGGUAAGAGACUGCAAGGCGCUUACUUACAGACAAGACAUCAAAGCAAAGGACAUAGAGACUUACACAAAGCAAACUCUUCCGACACGUCAGUGGGGUUAUGUAGUGAUCACGACUCCGGACGGCGUGCUGGAUCACGAGGAGGCAAUUAAGCGGAAUGUCGGGGGUCAGGUUCUUGGUUACUUUCAUUAGAUCUGCUUUCUAGAUCCUCUGUAAUAGACUGGAUAUUCGGGCACAAGUAGAGAAAUCCUUCUGAAGUGAAAGUUCUCUGUUGAAAAAUAACUACUGUUCAAGUUGUGCUUUGAUUAGUUCGUGUUACUGAUCAAUCUUUUUCUAGAUCUGUUAUAAUGGCCAGUGCAAGAUUUGGAUCCAUCCGUCUGUUGUUUGCUUUAUGUAUAGAAUACAGAAAGCAUGCAAAGCUUGUUCCAGUGGCAAAAGUAUGCCCUCUUCAAUGAAUCAUCAUGUUAAUGCCUUAAUGGCCUCAGUCAAGCUACUGAUGAUUCUAUUCAUCGUUCGAG